CGCCUUUCAUGCGCGUGCGCUUCAGGUGCAGACCUGCUCAUUCUGAUAUUCAAGGCAUCUAAGUUUGUUUGGGAUCUAAUUUAAUUUCGAUUAAAAAGUGGAUUAUAUAAAUAAUUCAUGGGUAAACAUAGGAAAGUGGGCCGUCUAUGAAGCCAUAGUGGUUUUCGUUAUCUUUGUUGGCUUGAUAUGCUAUUGGAGUUUGUUUCCAGCGAGAGACGUCGAGGGAGCUUUUGCCGCCAAAUAAACGGUUGAGCUGUUUGCAACAACUGCGCAGGGUUAGUUUACACUCCUGUAAAUAUUGUGGAAUACACUGUGGAAAACUUUGUUUCUGAAAAUAGAUAUUAGCCUAGGCUAUAGAACACUUUUUAAAACCAAGAAGAUGCCAACUUAGGGAGAGCAAAUAAAGCGGUCAAUCAGCCUAUAUCUAGGUAUGUUUUAAGUACCUGAGUUGUCGACAGUGAAAAUUACCUUCAUCCUGUAGCCUACUGUUUAGACAACAGCUUCUCUUUCAUAUCAAAGGAGUUUUACUUGUCAACCAUGAACCAAACCGCAGGAGUAACACAGACAUACCGGAGGUGUUCUAAAGCAGGAAAGGAGCUGGUGGGGAGUAACCCUCCUCAGAGGAACUGGAAGGGUAUUGCGAUCGCCCUGCUUGUCAUUCUGGUCAUCUGCUCCCUGAUCGUCACCUCAGUCAUCCUGCUGACACCAGGUGAGGAUGACAGCUUGGCCCUCAAGGGGAAACUGACCGUGGGGGACAUCUUCAGGAAGGACUUCAAGGUUCACGACCCUGAGGCCAAGUGGAUCAACAGUAAUGAGUUACUGUAUCGCACACGUGAGGGGGAUGUUGUCAGGCUCAACAUGGAGACGUAUGAGAGGACGGUAUUGGUGCACAACAAAAAGUUUGAAAUGUACAAAGCCAGCAAGUAUGAAGUGUCUCCUGACAUGAAGCAUGUGCUGCUUGCCUACAACGUGGCACCGGUGUACCAGCACUCAUUCACUGCCUUCUACAUCAUCUGCAGCCUGGAGACUCCGGAGACAUGGAACCUGAACCCUCCAGAGGUACGGAACGCCCAGCUGCAAUACGCAGGCUGGGGACCCACGGGCCAGCAGCUGAUUUUUAUUUUUGAGAAUAACAUCUACUACCGUUCGACGGUGGAGAGCCGAUCGAUCCGUCUGGUUUCCACCGGCAAGGAGGGGGUCAUCUUCAACGGGCUCAGCGAUUGGCUGUACGAAGAGGAGAUCUUCCAGACCCAUAUUGCCCACUGGUGGUCUCCGGAUGGUGCUCGGCUGGCAUAUGCCACCAUCAACGACACCAUGGUGCCCAAGAUGGAGAUCCCUAUGUUCACAGGAACUACUUACCCUACCGGGAGGGAGUACCACUACCCUAAGGCUGGGGAGGAAAAUCCAGUCAUCUCUUUGUAUGUGGUCAACCUGAACGGGCCCCUGCACACCAUCGAGAUGAGGAGACCUGAAGACCAGAGGAUGGGAGAGUACUAUGUCACUAUGGUGAAAUGGGCGACUACCACCAAACUGGCGGUGAACUGGUUAAACAGAGCCCAGAACAUCUCCAUGCUCACACUGUGUCAGGCCACCACUGGCGUCUGCACUAAGAAACAUGAGGACGAGAGUGAAAGUUGGCUACACAGACAGAAUGAGGAGCCGUUGUUCUCCAAAGACGGUCUGAAGUUGUUCUUCACCAGAGCCAUCCCACAGGGAGGCAGGGGCAAGUUCUUCCACAUCUCCAUGUCCAUCACACAGCCCAACACCAGCACAGACACGCUGCAGUCGAUCACGUCUGGAGACUGGGACGUCACCCAGGUCCUGGCCUACAACGAGGACAUCCAGCUCAUAUACUUCUUGAGCACCGAGGAUGAUCCAAAGCGAAGGCACCUCUACAGUGCGGACACGGUGGGCCCCUUCAACAGACGCUGUCUCUCUUGUGACUUCUACGAAGGCUGUGGCUACGUCAGAGGCUCCUUCAGCCACAGCAUGAGCUUCUUCCUGCUCAGCUGCAAAGGCCCUGAUGUCCCGUUUGUAGCAGUGUACAGCACACAGGAGAGACAGAAGGUGUUUGACCUGGAGACCAAUGAGAAUCUGAGGAUGAGGCUGGACUCCAUGCAGAUGCCCCGAGUGGAAUACAAGGAGAUCAACAUCGAGGAUUACACGCUAACGAUGCAGAUCCUCAAACCUGCCAGCUUUGUGGACUCAUCGCACUAUCCCCUGCUCCUCCUUGUCGACGGCACCCCCGGUGGCCAGAUGGUGUCAGAGCAGUUCCACAUGGACUGGGCCACAGUGCUGGUGAGCAGCUUCGGGGCAAUGGUGGUUCGCUUCGACGGGCGGGGCAGUGGCUUCCAGGGGACCAACCUGCUGCACCGCGUCCAGAGGAAGCUGGGCGUGUUCGAGGAGAGGGACCAGCUGGAGGCCCUCAGUAUUAUAUCUAAAGAGCCAUACGUUGACAAGACCAGGAUUGGAGUUUAUGGCAAGGUGUAUGGAGGCUACGUGACCAGUCUGUUACUCAGCGCUGAGGAUUCCCUGGUUAAAUGUGGUGCGGCUCUCUCACCCAUCACGGACUUUGACCUAUAUGCAUCAGCGUUUUCAGAGAGAUACCUGGGACAGCCCAAGCCUGACCCAAGAGCAUAUGCGAUGGCCAAUCUAGCACACAGGGCAUCUCAGUUCCUAGACAAGAAGUUUCUGAUUGUUCAUCCAACAGCAGAUGAAAAAGUGCAUUUCCAGCAUACAGCGAAAUUCAUCACCCAGCUGAUCAAUGAAAACGCCAACUACACUCUGCAGAUCUACCCAGAUGAGGGCCACUUCAUCCACAGCGAGGCCACGCGGCAGCACCUCAGCCAGUCGCUGGUCAACUUUUUUGAGGAGUGUUUCCGGAUACCAGACAAGGUGUUUGAGGAGAGACUGGAGGAGGAGAUCGAGGAAGAGGGUUAGCCUGGGCAAAACCAAUCCCCCCAAACCAGAGCUCCAGUCCGCCCAAGCACAAUGCCAGCCCCCAUACCUGGUUUCCACAAUCCACAUGAUAUGCAACCUCCUCUUGGUUUAAACUCCUCCUCUUGGUUUAAACUCCUCCUCUUGGUUUCAACCUUCUUUGGCCCUUUUUUUUGUUUUGUUUUCACCUUCUGUAAUUCCCCUGCGUUUCAGCAUGAUCAACUCUGAGACUGCCGCGUUUCAGCAUGAUCAACUCUGAGACUGCAGCGUUGCAGAUCAACCCUGAGACUGCCGCGUUGCCGAUCAACCCUGAGACUGCCGCGUUGCAGAUCAACCCCGAGACUGUCGCGUUGCAGAUCAACCCUGAGACUGUCGCGUUGCAGAUCAACCCUGAGACUGUUGCAUUGAAAUUCAUCCAUGAGACUGACGCAUUGCAGAUCAACCAUGAGACUGUCACAUUGCAGAUCAUCCCUAAGACUGCCGCAUUGCAGAUCAUCCCUGAGACUGCCGCGUUGCUGAUCAUCCUUGAGACUGCCGCAUAGCAGA